AUGUCUGCAGACGACAGCUUCCCAAUUCCGGAGACAAAAGUCCUGGCCAUUGCCAGUCAUGUCGUGUACGGCUAUGUCGGGAACACAAUGGCCACAUUCGUGAUGCAGUCUCUUGGCUGCGAAGUCGCUGCAUUAAACACCGUGGAAUUCAGCAACCAUCUGGGCUAUGGCCAGGCAAAGGGCACGCGAGCCACAGCGAAAGAGAUUAGCGACAUUUACGAAGGCCUUAAGAACUCCUUCCUCGAUGAUUUUGACAUGAUGCUUUCGGGCUAUCUUCCCGGGGCCGCCUCCGUCGAAGCAGUGGGCAUAAUUGCGCGGGACUUGAAGUUGAAAGCUGCGCUGAAGCCGGGCAGCUUCUUUUGGGUUCUGGACCCGGUUAUGGGAGAUAAUGGGAAGUUAUACGUUGCGGAGGAUGUCGUGCCUGCGUAUAAGAAUCUUAUUAAAGAUGCUGAUCUGAUACUCCCGAACCAGUUCGAGGCAGAGACGCUAUCAGGUGUCAAAAUUGUAGAUAUGGAGACACUCAAAGAAGCCAUCACGACCUUGCACGAACGAUAUCGUAUCCCACAUAUCAUGAUUACCUCUAUAUCCUUGCCCAACCCCGAAGGAACCGCAUCCCUCUCUGUCGUUGGAUCAACAUUCACUUCAGGCGCUAAACCCCGCAUUUUCGGGGUUAAGAUCCCGGUUAUAGAUUGUUUCUUCAGCGGCACUGGCGACAUGUUCGCCGCGCUGUUGCUUGUUCGCCUUCGAGAAGCAGUAAAUGCCAUGGAAGGUCUAAUGCAAAAGGCCGCCUGGGUCAGUGAUGAUGAUGUAGAGGCUACCGAGCUUCCUCUUGCAAAAGCGACGGAGAAGGUGCUAGCGAGCAUGCAUGAGGUGUUGAAGAAGACGAAGGAAAAGAGGGACGAGGAGUGGAAUAAGUUCCAGAACAGGGUAACAGGACUCGGGGAGGAUGAUGAGCAAACAAUUAGAGUGGUGAAGGCUAAAGCGGCGGAGGUUAGGCUUGUGAGGAAUUUGGGUUGCUUGAAGCAUCCUGAUGUUAGAUUCAGGGCCGAGAAGGUAUAG